CCCAGAUGUGGAGAAAUCCCGAGACAGGGCCAGAAGCGCGGAAUCACAACUUAGAAAACUAAGCAUGCCGCCUUGUUCCCAGCUGGGCAAGCAGCCGCCUUUCUGAUGGAGAGUUUCUUGCACUGAUAAGGAAAAACUGCUGAAGUCAUGAGGCUGCUCGAGGCAGAGCCCUUGUGUGAGUCAUAUGAAAGCUGCACACUGCUGACCUCUGGCAAAAAGGGAGCAAGCAAGGACAGGAGAGGCGGAGGGGGAGAGGUUCAAGCGCGAGUUCUCUCCUUGAACCCAGAAGAUUAUGGGUCAAGAGCUGUGUGCAAAGACCCUGCAGCCGGGAUGCAGCUGCUACCGCUGUUCGGAGCGAGGCGAGGUACCCGGCUGCCGGAAUCAGGCUGUGACGACCGAGACUGCGCUCGAGCUCACAGACCUACAAGAAGCUUCAUGUUCCAUGACUUCAUUUCACCCCAGGGGACUGCAGGCCAUCCACGCCCGGAAAUUCAAGAGUAAAAGGCCACGCAGUAACAGUGAUUCUUUUCAGGAAGAGGAUCUGAGGCAGGCUUUUCAGUGGAGAAAGAGCCUCCCUUUUGGGGCCGCCUCGUCUUACUUGAACUUGGAGAAGCUGGGUGAAGGCUCUUACGCUACAGUUUACAAGGGGAUUAGCAGGAUCAAUGGCCAGCUGGUGGCUCUGAAAGUCAUCAGCAUGAACACAGAGGAAGGAGUCCCAUUCACCGCCAUCCGGGAAGCUUCUCUCUUGAAGGGUUUGAAACACGCCAAUAUUGUGCUCCUACAUGACAUCGUCCACACCAAAGAGAGUCUGACGUUUGUUUUUGAGUACAUGCACACAGACCUGGCCCAGUACAUGUCUCAGCACCCCGGGGGGCUCCAUCCUCACAACGUCAGGCUUUUCAUGUUUCAACUUCUGCGGGGCCUGGCAUAUAUCCACUACCAACACGUUCUGCACAGGGAUCUGAAACCUCAGAACUUGCUCAUCAGUCACCUGGGAGAACUCAAACUGGCGGACUUUGGUCUUGCUCGGGCCAAGUCCAUUCCCAGCCAGACGUACUCUUCCGAAGUGGUGACCCUCUGGUACCGGCCUCCUGAUGCUUUGCUGGGAGCCACUGAGUAUUCCUCUGAGCUGGACAUAUGGGGCGCAGGCUGCAUCUUUAUUGAAAUGUUCCAGGGCCAACCUUUGUUUCCCGGGGUUUCCAACAUCCUUGAACAACUGGAGAAGAUCUGGGAGGUGUUGGGAGUCCCUACGGAGGAUACCUGGCCUGGAGUCUCCAAGCUACCUAACUACAACCCAGAAUGGUUCCAGCUGCCGAAGCCCCAGAGCCUUCAGAACGUCUGUGACAGGCUGGGCGGGGCUCCGGAAGCAGAAGACCUGGCCUCCCAGAUGCUGAAGGGUUUUCCGAGAGCCCGCGUCUCUGCCCAGGAAGCACUUGGGCACAAUUAUUUUAGUGCGCUGCCAUCCCAGCUGUACGAGCUUCCUGAUGAGGAGUCUUUGUUUACAGUUGCAGGAGUGAGGCUAAAGCCAGAGAUGUGUGACCUCUUGGCCUCCUACCAGAAAGGUCGUCACCCAGCCCCGUUUAGCAAAUGCUGGUGAAAAGACGGGGCGAGGUCACCACGACCCUUCCAGGGCUACAUUCCUGCUGUUUCCUUUCUCCUUUGCUUCUGCUUCCUAAGAGGCUUCCAGUCUAACUCCAUUCUGGAUCAGAGGUUUUAUACAUCACCUGUGACCAGGCGUAUUUUAAAUAAGACGUUCAAGGCAACGGGUGCAUCAUGCCUGAAGAGAAAGCAGUGGAAGGUUAUAACCAUUGUCGUCUGCCUGAAAUUUAACAGUGAUUGGCUCAAAAGGUAGAUAGAGACAAAGACAAUGAGCGAGGAGGGCUCCUGAGUAAUUUCACCCAUUUUUUGUCAUCGGGGUGAACCCUAGCCCGGAAGGUCCAUUUCCUAACAGGACAGGUGCAGGGCUGACAGUUGAGAGAAGGUGGAGAUGGAGUUGCUGCUCACAGAGGCCCAUCCCUCCUGCAUUCACUUAGACUUUCCCCCAACAAAAGGACUGCUGUGGCAAGGGGGGGAUUAGUCUAAAGGUUAGAAAAGUCUCCAGGGAAGAUGGCUUCUUGGAUAAAGUUGUCAACAAAAGAACUUGCUUAAGACUCUUUGUAAUGACUUCCUAGGGGGAGCUUCUUCCUCCACUAACUGGAUUAGCAGAAGCGGUUACCAUCCAAGCCCACCCAGACUUUAGGAGAUGGAAUUAAGCUGUCCCCUACCGCUGGAUCGGAAUUGUCUGUGGUGAUGGCAGAAGUGGCGAUUUGGUGGUGGCGAAGAUACUGAAGCAGAUGAGAGCAAAGAGUUCCAGAGAUGUAAUCCAAGUCCUGUUGCCCCAUCAGACACACCUGCACGCGCACACACACUAAUGCUCAAGUAAAAUGAGAGGCCUGUCUUGGCGAACACGCGUACCAUUUUGUAUGAGGACUGCUUCUGAAAGAAGCCAGGGAAACAAAUUACUUCUGGCGAGGGAUCAUUUCAGGAAAUAGAGUAACCUAGAAACCAGAGACCACUAAACUUGCACAUCCUUUAGAAGAACAAAGAGGAACUAAUUAAGAGAGAACUUGAAAAUAGUAAUUGUCCACCCACUGUCUGAGAAGAAAAAGUGUAUAGAGGUAGUGCAGAGAAAUCUACCUGAAUGAAUAUUUGAUCAUAGAAAGGCCUUUGAAAAGCCCAUCCAGAUAUACCCGAGAGAUCACACAGCGUGUGCUGGCUGAUGGGGAAGACAGGUGCGCUCUAAGCACAACGGUCACUCUCCCUAGAGAAAGACUGAUGGUGGUUGGCACACGUUCAGUCUGGAGUCCAACUCUGGGCAAUCACGUGAAGAAAACCGGACAAAGUGCAUAACCUACACAUACAGCUCACUUUACUAAGUUCUAUUAUUCAUGUAUUCUGUUUUACAAAAGGGGAAACAGAGGCUCAGCAAAGUGCAACCACUCCUGGGUGGCAGCAGGCGAGGGUUCCCAUGGAGACCUCAGAUCUGCUUAUCUGCAAUGUGUGUGGUUCUUCCAGCAAUCACACACUUACCAGAUUUGCAUCUCACCAAUCUGGAAGAGAGAACCGGUAUUUAGCACUGGAUCAUGAUUCAAACGACUGAGACCGCAUGAGAACCAAUGAGCAAGAAGCCAAAACAGCCUCUAUUCCUAUCAGGUGCAUCUGAUUUAAAUUCUUAUCUAUCGGCUUAAAGUAUCUACAACUUAAGUGAGGCUGUGACUCUGUGGAAAACAGCAUUAAUAUGAUGUGACUGUCCCCAGAAGACAAGGCUAAUACUUUCAGGCUAUGUAAAUAAAGGACCAUCUUGUAUCUAAGAAGGGAAAUUGUUUACUAUCUCAUGAUCAAAUCACCUUUAAAUUAUUGUUAGAUGCAACUCCAUUCAUGAGAUUUUAAAAGAAACAUUGAAGUCAGUAUUUCUUGGGCAUCUAUUAGUUUGCAGGUCUAAUUCCAUUUAAUCUUCUUAACAAAACCAAGACAGGUAUGGUUAGUCCUCAUGUUGUAGAGAAGAACGUUCAGACUCAAAUAUAAGUCGCUAGGAGUUGAUGCCCCCAACGUCUGCUUGCCUCAGCCCACCGAGAACUUUGUGCUGCACGCUCCAAGGAGGGCUGUGGGAGAACAAGGGGCCUGCAGACCAGGGAGCGGGGAGGAAGAGCUGCAGAGUAGGGAAACUCCACGCAGAGGAUUAAGAACUCCCAGAAAGCAGCUGGCCUCCACUGGGUGGCCACGGAGCUAGGACAAGCGACUGGAAGCUGGGGGAUGCUACUUCGGUUCAGCAGAAGGAGUUCGGGAACACUUUUCACCUGUCCACUGAUGUAUUCAAUCCCCAGAAGCCCAGACUCCCUCUGCCUCGCUGAAGGCAAGGGAAGCUGUAGGAAGGCUUCUCACAUGGGAGAUGAGAACAGCUCACCUCUGAGUUUCCAUCUCAUUCCAGGCUCUCUAGCGACUUUGGAACAACAGUACAGCUGGAAUCGUAAAAAGCAUGAUGCAAGAAUGGGCCAAUUCAUGUUAUGUACUAGAAAAGGAUUUUUUUCCUAAACUGGAGGUUGACAAGGUUAUCCUCUUUCGUCACAAGGGAAGAUAAAUCGAGGUGGGCACUGUGGUGCAGCAGGUUGGGCUGCCUCUUGGGAUGCCCACAUUCAAUAUUGAAGUGCCAGGUUCGCAUCCCAGCUCCUCCGCUGCUGAUGCGGCUUCCUUGCCUGAGAGUCAGCAGAUGACGGUGCAAGAACUGGAGUUCCUGCCACCCGCAUAGGAAUUCCCAGUUCCCAGCUGCAGGUGUUCCCAGCUCAAGCUGUUGUAGGCCUGUUGUAGGAUGUGAACCAGCAGAUGGAAGAUCCCUCCCUCUGUGUGUGUG